GCGAGGUUCCGGGUUCUAAAAACCGCGCAGAGAUCAAAAGUUCCCCAGAUCUGAGAUAUGGGCGAUGGCGCUGCGCGCGCUGCUCCUGCUGCUGGCGGCCGCCCUGGCCACGACCCAGACCCGCGCGGGCUCGCACUCGCUGCGUUAUUUCGGCACUGCCAUGACGCAGCCGGGACACGGGCAACCGCGGUUCGUCGCCUUCGGGUUCGUGGACGACACGCGCUUUGUGUGGUUCGACAGCGACGCGAUGAGCCCCAGAGAGGAGCCGCGGGCGCCGUGGAUGGAGGAGAAGCGGCCCGAGUACUGGGAGCGGCAGACUCGGAUCGCCAAAGCUAACGCACAGAUUUUCCGUGAUAAUCUGAGGACCCUGUUGCGCGCCUACAACCAGAGCGAAGCAGGGUACCACACCAUCCAGACCAUGCGGGGCUGCUAUAUGGGCAGUGACGGGCGCUUCCUCGGCGGGUACUACAGGACGGCGUAUGAUGGCGCCGACCACAUCUCUCUGAACGAGGACCUCCGUUCCUGGACUGCUGCGAACGAGGUGGCUCUAAUUACCCAGCGCAAGUAUGAGGCAACGAAUGAGGCGGAGCACCACAGGGCCUACCUGAAAGUUACAUGCAUGGAGUGGCUCCGCAGCCAUCUGGAGAAGGGGAGAGAGAUACUGCAACGUGCAGAUCCCCCAAAGACACACGUGACUCAUCAUCCCAGACUUGAAGGAGACAUCACCCUGAAGUGUUGGGCUCUGGGCUUCUACCCUGCUGACAUCACCCUGACCUGGCAGAGGGAUGGGAAGGACCAGACCCAGGAUAUGGAGCUUGUGGAGACUAGGCCCGCAGGGGACGGAACCUUCCAGAAGUGGGCAGCUGUGGUGGUGCCUCCUGGGGAGGAGCAGAGAUACACAUGUCGUGUGGAUCAUGAGGGGCUGCAUGAGCCCCUGACCCUGAGAUGGGACCCACCUCCUCAGCACAUAGAUCCCAUUGUGGGAGUCACUGCUGGCCUGGUUCUCCUUGGAGCUGCCGUCACUGCUGUGAUGUGGAGAAAGUUACCAAGGAGGCAUGUGUGACUAUGGAACUGAGCCAUAUGAUGGUCGAAUGCACUAAGAAGAGCUCCUGACUUCUCUUCCUGCCGUUGGUGUAUAUGUCCAUCUGUGUGACCUGUCAGCAAAUGUGAGUCUGUUCAGGCAAACUGGGAUUAGGGUUCUCCACCUGUCUACUGAGAACAGCACCUAGAUAUGAAUCUAUUUGGAAUUCUCGCCCUAGUUCUACAGCCACUUAGUUCCAAAUAAACACACAGAGGCUUCUAUUAAUUACGAACUGUUUGGCCUAUGGCUCAGGCUUAUUGGCUAGCUCUCUUUUAUUAACCCAUUUCUAUUAAUCUGUGUGUCUCCGCGUAGGCUUGGCUUACCAGUGAUGCCUGGGUCUCUUUCUUCCUUGGCAUCUCCCAGACUCCACCUACUUUACAUUGGCUUUAUCAGUCAAUGGCCAGGUGGCCAGGUGCUUCUGUCCUAUCUCACAUUUUUUGGAAGUCACUUGCUCCCACUUCCUGCUUACUCAGUUAAUAUUUCCUUCUUGGGUCUCUGAGAGCGUUGAAGACUACAGUAUAGUUAUAGCUCUCCUUGUUUAACAGACUCAAUAAGAAACUCACUAAAAAUGUGUUAUGUAUAGGUUUGCAAGACAUUAAAAGAUGUGAUAAUGUAAAUUAGGAUAGAAAGUAAAUUGGGUAUAAGACUUUGGACUCAUUAAGAAAGAGUAAACGGAAUAUUACCUCUCAAUUUGCCAAAUGCUAAUGGACUAGACAUUGUUAAUGUACUUACCUGUAUAUACUGUACAUGUUUACUGUACUUAUUGUGUAUAGUUUUUCUUAUAUUGGUGAUAACCUUUUUUAUUUUUAAACAAAAAAGGGGGAUGUGGUGGUGCUAUCUUGUUUGUACAAAUAAAGCCUGUUGGGGUAUCAGA